GCUCCUUGGAGCAUCACACUCCUCGCAGCAGUGCUGGGCUCAUUUGCUGUGUUCAGAUAUUAUCUGGAAUGGGAAGAGUUGUGUGGCAGCUGGGCCUCUGGCUGUGUAUUACUGCUGUGCUGCUCUUUGGUGGAGGAAGAGGGAGAGAGCUCUGUGGCAGCCUGAGCUGCCUGAAUAACUACAUAACUACCGUGAACUGCACGUGGGCGACGGAGAAGCCCGUGGGCGAUGGACCUUUCCACCUGCAUUUCACCAACCUCUGGUCAAAGGGCCACAACGCCAGCUGCAAACUGACUGCCACAGAGAGCAUGCAGAAUCAGUACCACUGCACAAUUCAUUUAGCCAGCCAGAUCUUGGAAACAGAUGGUUAUAGAGUCUCUCUCCAAGGACACUUCUUUGGACGUAAUCACAAAUACAUUACCUUUCCAGUGUACAAUCCCCGCAAGCACAUAAAACUUGAUCCACCUUUGAACCUCCAGAGCAAUGCCACUGCCAGCAAGUGUCAGAUAUGGUGGAGUGUGUGGAAUGUGCCUUGGUACCUCGUUGAAAUUCUCCAAUAUGAAUUGCAGUAUAAGGAGUACAGCAUGUCCUGGGAGAUUGCAUUGAACAAGACACCAUCCAGUUCACUGCCACAGAUAGAAAUUGAAGCAACAGAGCUUCGCAGUGGCAUUGCUUACAUUGCAAGAGUUCGCUGCAAAGUUUCUGAAAAUGAGAAUUCCUACCACAGUCAGUGGAGUGAGUGGAGCCAGACAACGGUGUUUCAAAGAGCAGAUGUACCAAAACUGUCUGAGAAGAUCUUAAAUACCACUAUGCAGCUCUUGUUUAUUCCUCUGAGUUUGGGCACUCUACUCUAUUUAUUCUGGAACUGCAAACUUUCUUCAAGGGCAAAAAGUCUCACCUGCUUUAACAUUCCCACGCCAGCUGCUUUCUUUCAGCCACUCUACAGUUUGCACAAUGGGAAUUUCAAGUAUGAUGCUGUUCCAAUCCAGUCAAGUGUGGUGUUAUGCUCCUGCUCAUCCCCAUCAAUGGUGAGGAACGAAGCAGAUUCCAGCACUCCAUCUGUCAUUUCUCCCUGUGGCAGCAGACAGGGAUCUAACAUGGAAAGCACGGCACCUGAAUCAAGAUCUAAUUCCAGCUCCUUGCAGCAACAUACGGGACAGCAGCCUCCACAGCCUCGAAAGAAACGACCUGAUGACUUCAAAUUUGGGAAAAUUCUGGGUGAAGGAUCUUUCUCAACGGUUGUCUUGGCUCGAGAAUUGGCAAGUUCUAGAGAGUAUGCCAUUAAAAUUCUAGAAAAACGCCAUAUCAUAAAAGAGAACAAGGUGCCAUAUGUGACACGAGAGAGAGAUGUAAUGUCCCGUCUGGAUCACCCUUUUUUUGUGAAACUCUACUUCACCUUUCAGGAUGAUGAAAAGCUAUAUUUUGGGCUUAGCUAUGCCAAAAACGGAGAGCUGCUAAAGUAUAUACGCAAAAUUGGUUCAUUUGAUGAGACCUGUACCAGGUUUUAUACUGCUGAAAUUGUAUCAGCCCUGGAGUAUUUGCAUGGGAAAGGAAUAAUUCACAGGGACCUUAAGCCAGAGAACAUCUUAUUAAAUGAAGAUAUGCACAUUCAAAUAACAGACUUUGGAACAGCGAAAGUAUUAUCUGCAGAUAGCAGACAAGCACGGGCAAAUUCAUUUGUUGGGACAGCACAGUAUGUUUCUCCAGAACUGCUGACAGAGAAAUCUGCCUGUAAAAGCUCUGACCUCUGGGCUCUGGGAUGUAUAAUAUAUCAACUUGUAGCUGGAUUGCCUCCAUUUAGAGCCGGAAAUGAAUAUCUUAUAUUCCAGAAGAUAAUAAAGUUGGAAUAUGACUUUCCAGAAAAAUUUUUUCCCAAGGCGAAAGACCUUGUUGAAAAGUUAUUGGUUCUAGAUGCUACCAACAGAUUAGGUUGUGAAGAAAUGGGAGGAUAUGGACCUCUUAAGGCUCAUCCCUUCUUCGAAUCCAUUGUGUGGGAGAACCUACAUCUUCAGACACCUCCUAAACUUACAGCAUAUUUACCUGCUAUGUCAGAGGAUGAUGAAGACUGUUAUGGAAAUUAUGACAAUCUCCUGAGUCAGUUUGGUUGCAUGCAAGUUUCUAGUUCUGCCUCUUCCCAUUCACUGUCUGUCCCAGAGACAAGUACACCACAGACAUCAGGAGGAAAUAUUGAACAGUAUAUUCAUGAUCUUGACAACAAUUCCUUUGAGCUGGACUUACAGUUUUCUGAAGAUGAGAAGAGGUUACUUCUGGCAAAACAAGCUGGUGGAAAUCCUUGGCAUCAGUUUGUAGAAAAUAACUUAAUCCUGAAAAUGGGUCCAGUGGACAAAAGAAAGGGAUUGUUUGCACGUCGGCGCCAAUUGCUGCUCACGGAAGGGCCCCACUUGUAUUAUGUGGAUCCUGUCAACAAAGUUCUAAAAGGAGAAAUUCCAUGGUCAUUAGAGUUGCGGCCAGAAGCCAAGAAUUUUAAGACAUUUUUUGUUCAUACGCCAAACAGGACAUAUUACCUGAUGGACCCAAGUGGGAAUGCUCAUAAAUGGUGCAAAAAGAUACAUGAAGUUUGGCGGAACAGAUACCACCAGAAUGCUGCAAAAUAGUAAAGCUCAUCCAAAAUUUCCCAGUUUCCCUACUUGCUGCUAGAACUCCGUGUGCAGCCGAUCAGAGGAAUCUUUUCAACCCACCUAUUACCAUCUCAAGGGGAAGCAUAUGUUCGAAAUGUUCUUUUUUUUUUUUUUUUUUUUAAGAAAGAAAAAAAAGGAAGAAAAGCAAAAACCUAAUGGAAUUCAGGGUUGCUUUGCUCGCUCUUUGUGCUUAUUUUGAGGCUUCCACAUGCAUAUCAUUGCAGUGAAGAUCUUGCUUUUGUGCACUUCAGCUCAGUUUCUGCUGCAGACUAGUGGAUAGACCUUGCAUUACCAGCUUCACUUAAGAUGAGUUAAAACCAAUCCACACGCACACAUGCCGAAUCAUGUACCAGCCUUGCAUUUCAUGGGGCUGGAGUUUUCUGUGACUCUCAGAUUAUCAUUAAACUGUAUUUCAUCAGGGAGCUUUUAUAUGCCUCUCCUAAGCACCACCUCUUUGUUUUCUCUUCCUUUCCUCACAGUCCCCCAGCUUAUUGGUAUAUGGCAUUUGUAGCCAGGUCAGUUGCACCCUUGUGUAAUUCCUAAUAUAGUUCUGGUUGCAGGAUUUACGUGGUACUUUAGUAAUUACGUGAAUGAAUCAGAUGUAUGUGUCUGGCAGACAGGCUCCAAUGAUAAAGGUUUUGAGAGAGUAAAAUGCUGAACGUGGCACUGAAAGUUUCCUAAAAUUGAAAUGUUGGCUUCUGAAGCAUAUAAGAUUUUAAACAUUCAGUUUAAAUUUUAAUAUGAAUCAUGUGUGUUUAAUCAAGGGACGAUAAACUUACCAGCAUGCUUUUAACUAAUGCUAACUAAAAAAGAAGCUAGUUAGUAUGGGGG